GUAGUCAUACAAUAUAUGAUUUCUUUACUCUUGCUCCAGCUACUUGAUAAAAAUGGCCUGGAGACGGUAGCUAAGGCUCUUUCCUCUGCUUGUUGGACUCUUACUGAAUCUGGAGGUAUUGAAAUAGGGUCUAUUGCAGCCUCCUCUUCAGCUCAGGGCAGUGUGCCCCAACUCACACUUGCUCAAGGAAAUGCCCGACCUGUCACGCAAGUCUCAGUCACUGGAGGGUCAGCUAACAGUGGCUCACCAGGCCCACCUGAAAGAGCCCCAACGUUCCAGCGAGAUAAUUCUCAGAUGACAACCCUUAAUGAGUUGGGGAAGAAACUGUUGGCAGCAGCAAAGGUGGGCAACACUAGUCAAGUACGGAGGUUGAUGGCAAUAGGUGCACCAUUUGCAUCAGAUGGGCCUAUUGGCAUGACUCCAUUGCAUUUGGCAUCACAAAAUGGCCAUUAUGAAACCUGUGAUCGCCUGUUGGCUGCAGGCAUGAACAAAGAUGCCCGCAACAAGGUAGACAAGACCCCCCUCCAUCUUGCUGCCAUGGAAGGCCACAAGGACAUUGUAUCUUUGCUAGUCAAAUCAGGAGCCAAUAUUAAUGCCUGUGAUAUGUUGAAGAUGACUGCUUUACAUUGGGCCUGUGAUAGAGGACACACCUCAGUUGUUGGCUUACUUCUGAAACAUCAUGCCAAAACUGAUGUGGUAAACAAAUUUGCUAAGCCUCCUCUCCAUAUUGCAGUAGAAAGAGGACAUCAGCAGAUCAUCCGGCUACUUCAGGUGAACAUUUUUCACAUUUCUUAAUAGCAUAGAAAUCACUCUAGUAUAUAUUUCCUUACCCCACUUAUCCUGGGACCCAAUCACACUAGUGACAUCUCAUCAUGUCAAGGCAAGUCAGGCAAAAAUCCUAAGUGGCAGGUAACCAUGCCACAUGCCGUUACUUUAAAUUGUGUGUACUAAACAGUGGUUUACUUGUUUGGCUCUGAUUACAGUCAUUGGAGAGACAUAGACCCUCAGAUAUACGCUUAAAGUCCCUUUUCAGUCUCAUUUCCUUUUAAAAAUUGUGUAUGCUGCAACCAAGGGGAUAGAGAGUUACAUGGAGCAACUUAUUGCAUGUGAAGCCUUCUGUGUGGUUUGGUAUGUUGCAGGGCAAUGUCAAUAAGAACCUGUUAUUCAUAAAACUCCUGACUAUCUUUCCAUACUAUCUUUCACAACACAAUAUUCUGAAAGGUUUUGGGAGGUCUGAUUUCAGAAAUUACAAUAACUGACAUAUGUUAAUGACUCAUCCCAACUCAUAUAUAUUCAUGAAAAAUGUUUUUCUUAUAUAUUUCCAUAUCCCCUUCACAACGGGUGACGCCUAUAGG